UCGUGCACCAGGAGCAUGCAGGGAUAGCGGGCACCCGAGAGCUGGCUAGCUAGGAGCCAGCCGGUUGCGCAGUCAGACUGUUGUGGCCGCCCGGCAGCACCCCCUCCCCCCAGCCCUGCCCUCACCGCGCCGCGCUGAGCCCCGGGCUUCCUUCUGGUACCCGAGUCCCGUCCUCUGCGUCAUCUCCCCGCUUUCUGGUCUCCAUGGAGCAGCUGCUGCGCGCUGAGCUUCGCACCAGGACGCUGCGGGCCUUUGGGAGCUCCGGGGCCGGCUGCAUCAGCGAGGGCUAUGCCUACGACACAGACACUGGCCCCGUGUUUGUCAAGGUCAACCGCAGGACGCAGGCCCGGCAGAUGUUUGAGGGAGAGAUGGCGAGCCUGGAGGCCCUCCGCAGCACUGGCUUGGUGAGGGUCCCUAAGCCCAUGAAGGUGAUCGACCUGCCAGGAGGUGGGGCUGUCUUUGUGAUGGAGCAUUUGAAGAUGAGGAGCCUGAGCAGUCAGGCAUCAAAGCUUGGGGACCAGAUGGCAGAGUUGCACCUUUACAACCAGAAGCUCAGGGAGAAGGCCAAGGCCCGGGAGAGCACGGUGGGCUGUGGGGCGGACAGUGCUGAGCCCCAGGGUGUGUCCAAGUUCGGCUUCAGCACAGUGACUUGCUGUGGCUUCAUCCCGCAGGUGAAUGAAUGGCAGGAUGACUGGCCAACGUUCUUCACGCAACACCGGCUCCAAGCGCAGCUGGAUCUCAUUGAAAAGGACUAUGCUGACCGAGAGACACGAGAACUGUGGUCAAGGCUCCAGGUGAAGAUCCCAGAUCUGUUUUCUGGUAUAGAGAUCGUCCCUGCCCUGCUCCAUGGAGACCUGUGGUCUGGAAAUGUGGCUGAGGAUGACCAGGGGCCCAUUAUUUAUGAUCCAGCCUCUUUCUACGGCCAUUCUGAAUUUGAACUGGCAAUUGCAUUGAUGUUUGGAGGGUUCCCCAGAUCCUUCUUCACUGCUUACCACCGGAAGAUUCCGAAGGCCCCAGGCUUCGACAAGCGCCUGCUGCUGUACCAGCUCUUCAACUAUCUAAACCACUGGAACCACUUUGGUCGGGAGUACAGAAGCCCGUCCCUGGGAAUGAUGAGGAAGCUGCUCAGGUAGCAGAGGGCUGGCACCUAAUAAAAAGCCAAACUGGGCCCCUAAAUGGGCUAAA